UUUUUGCUCUCUUCUCUUUUGGUGGCUUUGAAGAAGGGAAAAGGUUAAAAUUAUGGGAACAUCUCAAACAGUACAGCUGGUUACCUUGUAGAAUGACCUCUAGUGAUGAAAAAUAUGCUAGUAAGUGGGUAAAACACACUAUUUUUGCCUGUGUUAAUACAGCUGCAAUUAAGCUUACUGCACAAAAGGAGGCAGAAAGGAAAAUGAAGACCAAAGAGAACUGCAGGCAUACUUGUAGCUGGGAAGUACAUGAAAAGAAAAUGUAUUUUCAGCCUUUACUCUGAGGCACAUACUCUUGUGGCCUUUUCACAGACCUCUUCUGAGGCAGCUAGAUAGAUCUGCAGGAAGAGAAAAUAAUUAGGCAAAGGCCUCUUUUGACUUUCACAAUCUGUUACAAUGAAUAAGAAUUUUAUGUGAAGGCUUCUUCUAAGUGUUAAGGAGCAAAGGAAUUAAUCACAUUUCAAUUAUGUGUUGUAAGCUUCAAAGCGAACAGCCUACUUGCUGAAUGUUGUGGUUAGCUUUGAUUCGCUGUUUCUGUCAUACUGUCUGCAGAUGAAGCGCAAACAGCCCAGAUCCAGUAUUUUCCAGCCAUUCCCCAUUCAAAACAAAACACCAAGGAAUUCCACUGGCAUUUUGUGAAAGUUUAAUCUCCCUUCUCGGUCCACUUGGGCAGUAGUUAGGAUGAAACACAACUCGGGUUUUUAAAUGUCAGCAUUAAUACCUAGGAGGUGCAGAAUUGGAGGGCAACUGCUGGAUCCACGGGGUGGUGGUGGUGCAGCCCCUGGCCCCCGUUCCUCCCAGUCUGAGGGCCCUGCUGCCAUACUGGUGAUUCUGCGUGUGUGUGGUGGCUCCGCGUCCGUUACCGCACCUCAGCUCCAGUGCCGCGCCUGUCGGCUCAGGUACCGAUCUACCGGGACCCCGAACGAGCCGUCCGAUGGCGGCUCCUGCCCCGUUCCGGUGCAGUUUCCGAGCCCCGGGGCGGGAGGCGCGGCUGGCGCUGCCCGGCCCGUCGCCAUGGAGGCGAGCGGGGGCCGCGCGCUGCUUCCGCCCGCCGCCGGAUGUGGCGGCGGGGGCUCCUCAGCAGAGCGGCGCUGCCGGAGCGCGGGGCCGGGUCGUCGCUGCCACCGUCGCCCCUCCCGCCUUCGCCUUCCUCCUCCUCCUUCCCCCCGCCGCCUGCGGCCCUGCCCCUUCCCGCCCGCCGCCCCGGCUGUGGCUGACAGGAUAUGUAACAUGACACUGAUAUUCUGGACAGUUUAUCAUAGGAGCCUCUGUGAAGCUGUUUUUUUGAAGUAAUGCCAAUAGAAAGUGGAAGUUGUGCAUCUGCUCGCCAAGCAAAGCAAAAACGUAAAUCGCACAGCCUUUCAAUCCGAAGAACCAACAGUUCCGAGCAAGAACGGGCAGGACUGCAGAGAGACAUGUUGGAAGGGCAGGAUUCGAAACUACCAUCUUCUGUCCGGAAUACACUCCUUGAACUUUUUGGACAAAUAGAACGGGAGUUCGAGAACCUGUAUAUUGAAAAUUUGGAACUACGUAGAGAGAUUGAUACACUGAAUGAGCGUUUAGCAGGUGAAGGACAGACAAUUGAUGGAGCUGAACUGAGCAAAGGACAGCUGAAAACAAAAGCCAGUCAUAGUACCAGUCAGCUUUCUCAGAAAUUAAAGACAACUUACAAGGCAUCUACUAGCAAGAUUGUAUCCAGUUUUAAAACUACGACAUCAAGGGCAAUCUGUCAACUGGUAAAGGAAUACGUUGGCCACAGGGAUGGUAUUUGGGAUAUCAGUGUCGCGAGGACUCAACCAGUGGUGUUGGGAACUGCAUCUGCUGAUCACACGGCUUUGCUGUGGAGCAUAGAAACAGGGAAGUGUGUUACCAAGUAUGUAGGGCACGUUGGAUCAGUAAAUUCCGUAAAGUUUCAUCCAACUGAGCAAGUGGCUCUUACAGCAUCUGGAGACCAGACAGCUCACAUCUGGAGGUACAUUGUGCAGUUGCCGACACCUCAGCCAACUGCAGACUGCAAUCAAAUGUCCGGAGAAGACGAAGUUGAGUGCUCAGAUAAAGAUGAACCUGAUGGAGAUGGAGAAGGUUCUAGUGAUUGCCCCACUAUCAGAGGGCCCUUAACUUCACUCAAAAGCCAUCAAGGAGUCGUCAUAGCAGCCGACUGGCUGGUUGGGGGGAAGCAAGCUGUGACGGCGUCGUGGGAUAGGACAGCAAAUCUGUAUGAUGUAGAGACUUCCGAACUUGUCCAUUCUCUUACAGGGCAUGACCAAGAGCUAACACAUUGUUGUACACAUCCCACCCAACGUCUUGUGGUGACAUCAUCACGCGACACAACCUUCCGUCUGUGGGAUUUCAGAGAUCCUUCCAUCCAUUCUGUGAAUGUCUUUCAGGGCCACACAGACACUGUGACAUCUGCAGUUUUCACUGUGGGAGACAAUGUUGUAUCUGGUAGCGAUGACCGUACCGUGAAAGUUUGGGAUUUGAAAAACAUGAGGUCUCCUAUUGCAACCAUCCGCACAGAUUCUGCAGUCAACAGGAUUAACGUAUGUGUUGGCCAAAGAAUCAUCGCCCUUCCUCAUGACAACCGGCAGGUCCGAUUAUUUGACAUGUCAGGAGUGCGAUUAGCCCGCCUCCCUCGCAGUAAUAGACAGGGCCACAGGAGGAUGGUGUGCUGCACCGCCUGGUGUGAGGACCAUCCCAUCUGUAACCUCUUCACAUGUGGGUUCGAUCGGCAAGCGAUUGGCUGGAACAUCAACAUCCCCGCUUUGCUACAAGAGAAAUGAAAUGCUGGAAGAAUUUUUGCGUUUUCUGUUGCCAUGGACUUCAACACUUGCACAGACUUUCCGAAAACUGGUCUGCUGCCGCUGUAAAAGCUCUUCCUUAAGUGGAGACUUUAGCAAAUAUUGUUCUUGUUACCACAUUGUGCGCAGUUUGCAUGAAUUGUACAGACAAUGUGAUUUUUUUUUUAAAUUAGUUCGUCUGGUGUAUGAACUUUUCUAUUUUGGCAUCCACUGGUCAAUAUGUUCACUGUUGUAUAGAGCACAUAAAUGUUCGUAAGUUAUUUAGCGUUUAAUAGAUACACAGUAGGGCAUUACAUUUGUGACAAAUGUGAAACUUCUGUAAUUCAUGUAGAGAGCGUAUAGCAGUCUGUUACAUUUUUCCAUGACUCUACAUAUCUGCCUUGUGUUAAAAAGAAUCUGCAGGGCUAAAACUUUGAAAUGAAGUGUGAAUUUCACUAGUUGUAUGGUUGUAAACAUUUUCCUGGUUGCAUCUGAUUUGGAAUACUUUUUUUAGUGCUGCGGCAUAGUGCAACUUCAACUCCAUUUUUUAUUCCAGUUACUGGAGAAAUAGUAGGUUCGAGAAGGAAAACACAAGCAACUUGUAGUGAGUAUCAACUGCCAGGUUUAUUUGGAAUGCUUUUUGUACUUUUUCUUUUGAAAAAGAAAAAUAUUCAUUCUGCCCUUCUUAUACAAAGUAAUUCUGAAAUCUCAUGGCAUUUCAUACUAGCAAAAAUCCAGAAUAUUAUGAUUGUAAUCACUGAAAUCUAGUCAAGCAAAUUUUGAAGCACUUUAGUUUAUAGCUAUUGUUAUAAACCAUUUAUGAAAGUUUGGCUUUACCAGUGAAUGUGAGCUGAUCUUGGUAAGAAGGAUUGGAUCUUUUUGGUGAUCUGCCCAGAAAGGAAAUAGCAUUGUUUCGUUUUUGUUUUUUUAAACAUAUAUAUAUAUAUAUAUAUAUAUAUACCUACAGUGGGCAUACUUUUAAUUGUGUUCACUUCCCAUAUUUUUAUUUUGAGCCAGCAAUACAAAGUAAAGGAGUACUACCUCAAAAACAAAUGUUGGUCAAGAUGCAUUGAAUCUCGCUGUAGCCUAGAAAAAAAAGCACUUUUGGUCUCUGGCUGAAGUGUUAGGCGAUCUCUGACAUGAGGGGAGAGACAAUCAUGCUAAAUGUGAUCCUUAAGAUAAUUAACACUUAAAGCUAAUGGAGCAAUACGAUAAGUAAACAUCAUCUGUCACCUUUCUGUUCUCAGCCGUGGCAAGGGCUGCUGCAGUCCCUGCUCUGCUCCAAAAGGGGCUGAUUAACACACGUCUCCCUUCUUCCUCCCAAAUUAUCUUACUCCGGUUUUUCUCCUCACUGGGUUUCACCUUUUUUGCACUGGCAGUGGGGUGUCACACCACAGCUGCUGACCAUACAGGUGAAUGCAGGUGGCAGCGGACAUCUAGAGAAUGAGAUGCUGCUUCAGACAGAUGCCUCUUUAGCUGUUGGGGGAUGCUGCCCUGAGCUGUCUGACAUAUCACAGCAUAAAUGCAGGGUGAGGGUAGGCCAGGGGUGCGCAACAGGAAUCAUUUGUGGCAGGUUGGCAUGUUGUAGUAUUGGGAACUUUCAAUCUCGUGUUGAUGUGAAGCUGUACCUGUGCUACUGCCCUCUGCAGCACUGUGUGUGGUGACAUAAGGGCAGGUGUGUGAACCGAUUCUCUUGUGAACUGACGUGAAGUGGCAUUGGAGUGCGAUGCGAUGGGGUGGUGAGUAUAUCGCUGAGUAAUUAGAGGGAAACUAGGGUCCUAGAAAUGGUUUUGGAGUGUAACACUGAGGGAGCUCAAGGUAUUUAAUGGAGAGUGUAUGCACUAUCUUUAUAGUACAGGUUAUUGCAGCAGCUCAAUACCUUGUUUUUUUUUCUGGUGGUCCUUUUUUCUUUGGUUUGUUUUUGUAAAUUUUUUAGAUACAAGUUACACAGAGAAUUAUACCGAAAUAAUCUUAAAAUCCCAAAACUAGUGAGGUUGAAGAAAGGACCUUCAGAGUUUUAAUUCUGCUGAUAACAAGGGUUAAAGGAUGGUGUUCAAGUUUAUUUUCACUUUUUUUUUUUUUUUCCUGAGUUUUUAGCUCUCGAGUAAAGCCAUUUGAUGUUAGGUUGCAGAUUUUGUUCUUUAAGAAAAAAAUACUCACUUUCUCUUUUAGUUGGUGAUGGAGAGAACUUGGUACAGGUUGAUGCCAUUUAAAAAAAAAGCACCAAAAGGAGAGAAAAUGUCUCUCCAGCCAGCAGAAGCCGUUUCUGCAGCGUUUCAUGUGCUGUCUUGAGCAAUGAGUGUCCUUCUGUUACCUGAGGUUUGGGAGAGGGUCACUGGUUUUGGUCUUGCUGAAAACGAAAUAGUCUGUUUAAGCUUCUCCAAUACAUGUGGAACACAGGACCACUGGACUCUAUGCAGUUUAAUCAUCAUUGCUGCCAACUUUUUAUAUCACCAGAGGGACCAUCCUCUGGCACUGGGAGUGGGAUGAUCACACACUUUCACUUUGGAAAGAAUCAACCAAAUAAGGUGCUAGAGCCAUGUUCUCACGAGCAGGCGAACACUUCAUCAGCUAAACACUGAACUAUCACUUACUUUAAUUUUCUAUACUGUACCAAAGGUUAAGCCGAGGCUGCCGUUCCCCUUGGAGCAGAAUCACCCGUGCGCAGUGUUAGUGAAUAAUGCUGCAGUGACUGAGUACGUGGAAAACAUUUUGUGGCUUUGAACGUUCUAAAGAGUGUUUUUCAGCCCUGAACAAUGUCCAGCAUUUCAUAAAAUGGAGGAGAGUUGCAGUUAGAGUGUCAGUAUUGUGCAGAAUUUCACAGAAAACUCAUCACUGGGCAAAAUCAAGCUUUUUCUGUCUUUCUCUCAAGCAAUGCACAUCAGUUUUCACAAAAUUUGUGUAUAUUUUACAAUCAGGAAGAUCUGGAAUGAAACAUCCUAUUUGUUGCCUAAAUCUGUGAAAACCACCUUUUUGGAAAAAAAAAAACAAAAAGAGAAUUUAUAAGUUAUGUGGAACCACUUUUUAUUAUUCUGCUAAUUUGUUUUUAGAUGUACAGUGUUGUUCUUCAUUAUGAUUCAAAAUGCAUUAAAACAUUCAACAUUUUGUUUUGCAA